AUGUGCCUAGAGAAAGUAGUCUUAGUUGCCCCGAUAGCGAGAUUUCACCGCGCGGGGAACUCUCCAGAUUUACCCCGCAUUAAGGACGAUCACCCGCAAGUUCAAGCUUCGGCAAAGGGGAGAGGGAGACAGCAAUUAUCAUACGCAUCGUACGGAUACACCUACUUGAAACAUACUUCUCACCCGAUUCACCCUGCAUUCAGUGUCUUUCUGUCUGCAAUCGACAAUUUCGGGCCGUCCUAUAUGGGUACUACCCCGGGGUUUAGUGCAGCAGCAACUCUUUCCAGGCCAAACCAAAGUCUUUUCCCGAAGAAACAUAUACCUUGUGUUUCAAAAGAGCUUCAUCAAGAAGUCAUCCAGGUCCUCGUCUUCGACAGUUCCAGGGUUGUGUCUUUUCCAAGCACUCCCAAGAUCAGCCCAGAGGAAGAAAGCCGCGUUCGCGCCGGUCGUGUAGGGGAUGCCCUAUCCUGCAUUGUCAGCGACAUCGUCGGCACGUAUGUUGUCAAAGUUUCACUAAGCGACUUGGUUGUAAACUCGCCUCCUAUGCAGGUGUACAUCAAAGUAGCGGACCUUGUGCAAGCAAUAGAGACGAUCGAUUAUGGGGACGCCAGCGAGGGGCCCGUGUCUUUGCCAACAUCUAAGGCAACAGACAUUUUUGACAUGCCGAAUGUUGCCUGGGCGGUUGCGAAUCAUUUGCAGAUCGAAAGUCGGCUAGACAGAUACAAGCUCAAUCCCAGGCUUUUCAUCAAGCAUCCCGAAUUCCUCGAAAGCGCCAGAGAACUCAUAGCACAGGGUACGCCACUACGGCCAGAGCACGCAUCGUGUCUAUCUUUUCCCGCCUCGAUAGAUACCAAGACAGCAUCUUCAUAUUGCAACUUUAUUGCUUUCACUUGCUUCAACGUAUAUGAAAGCCAAGGAUAG